CUUUUGACACACGUUGUGCUUUACUUUCCCGUCUCUGUUCCUCUUCCAGCUGUGAUCGGCGCAGGGAUCGGCGGAACAGCCGCAGCCUAUUACCUGAGGGAGGAGUUUGGACCUGUUGUCAAGAUCGAUGUGUUUGAGUCAGGGACAGUUGGAGGGCGCCUGGCAACGGUGAAGAUGGGUGAUUAUGAGUACGAGACCGGAGGUGCUGUGAUCCACCCUCUGAACCUACACAUGAAGCAGUUCAUUGAAAAAAUAGGUAUUCCUCAGAGGAAAGACGUCCCCUCGAAAAUGGCGAUCUUCGAUGGGAAAGAGCUUGUGUUUGAAGAGAGCGACUGGUUCAUUGUUAACUUCAUCAGGAUGAUCUGGCGCUACGGAUUGGGUUUUGUCCGCAUGCAGAUGUGGGUGGAGAGCAUUCUGGACAAAUUUAUGAGAAUCUACCAGUACCAGCAGUAUGGCUACUCGUUCUCCACUGUGGAGAAGCUCUUGCACGCCAUGGGAGGCGACAGCUUCCUCACGCUGAUGAAUCAAACUCUGGAGGAGGCCAUGAUGGGAGAUGGAUUUUCACAGGCCUUUAUCAACGAUAUUAUUGCUCCCAUAACACGUGUGAACUAUGGCCAAAGCGUCCGCAUCAAUGGCUUUGUGGGGGCGGUGUCGCUAGCUGGGACAGACUCGGGCCUGUGGGCAGUGGACGGUGGCAAUAAGAAAGUGUGCUCUGGACUCCUUUACCACAGCAAGAGUGAUCUCAUCCCUGCUAAAGUCAGCUCCAUUUCUAUGAAGACCCGACCAUCAAAGAGGGGAAGCACCAUCCCUUACUACGAGCUCAACUACGUCGGAGAAUCCGGCUCGGCUCACUCUCUGUACGACAUCGUCGUCAUAGCGACGCCACUUCAUCAGGGAAAGUCUGAUAUCACGUUCUCUGGGUUCUCCCCUCCCAUCCCGACUCACUACCCGGGUCUCUACCACCAGACGGUGGCCACCCUGGUGCACGGCACCCUGAACGUGUCCUACCUGGGCACCGCCGAGGCCGCCUCCGAGUUCACCGUGUCCGAAAUCCUCACCACCGACUCCAAGGGCUGCGCCAUCAAUAGCCUGAGCUCUCUGGACCCCGUACACAUCCCCGAUGGCUACGAGCGACCCCCGGCGAGCCACCCUAAAGUCUGGAAGGUGUUCUCCUCAGAACCGCUGACCCCGAAGCAGCUGCAGCAAAUGUUUCUGUCCUACGACUCCGUGUCCGAGACCCCGUGGCUCGCCUACCCAUCUUACCGUCCGCCGCACCGGAAGACGCCGCCCUUCGUCCUGCACAACCGGCUAUACUACCUCAACGCCGUGGAGUGGGCGGCCAGCGCCAUGGAAAUGAGCGCCAUCUCGGCCCGGAACGUGGCCCUCCUGGCUCAUCACCGCUGGCACGAACAGACCGACAAGAUCGACCAGGAGGACCUGCACAUGCGGCUCAGAGGAGAACUGUGAAAAAUCAAAUCGGGAUAAGCAACCAAACCUGUGAUUUCAACCACACAGAUUACAUGAUUAUGAAAAAUAUUUUUCCUUUCAAACAAAACCACUUUAAAACAUGCAACAGUUUUUCUCUCUCUCUUUUUUUUGUUUUUUUUUGUUUACCCAGACUGAACCAGACAAUAUAAAAAUAGUUCUAACACUGAAGCAAGCCGCACUAAAUGGUAGAUCUGGAGUCUUUGAGUCUUAGUCUGCAUUGCACUUGUCGUAAACCUAAUUCAACACUUCCAGUUUGUCUUCGUGGCUUUUUAGCUAAAUUUUUUUCCUGACUGGAGGAUUUUUCCGAUCGGUUUACUCGUCUUCCGUUAACUUCCAAGUGUCUCUACCUCCUCAACAAAGUGCUGCGAGUUUUGCUGCCAAGUUCAGGCAUCGAGCACCAAAGGUUGAUAAUAUUGAGAGAUUUCAGUGCCACCUAUUUCAAGACAAACUGUAAAAAUAAUAGCUUUAGAAAUUUGAUUGUGCCUUAAUGAAAUCGGAGUUGGAGUAGUAAACAUUUUGGAAAG